AUGGAGCACCCGCGAUGCUUCCAAGAUCCCUUGGGCAGUGGUCUGUCGCAAGAAGAGCCUCCAGAGGAAGAGAAUCCCAGCGAGGAGCGGCUGCUAGAGCAUGACGAUGAUGAGGGAUCUGGCGGCAGCGCGGCGCCUGAGGAAGAUGAGGACGUGGGCACCAAGCAGCUGCCUGGACUUUCCAUCAGUUUCAUGCCGAAGGGCUCGCUGCUAGGCGGCAGCGCCAAGGACGAAAAGAAGAGGAAGGACAAGGACAAGAAGGAUAAGAAGGAAGAGAAGGAAGUCCGCACUCCAGCGGAAGACCUGGCCUGCAUCAACUUGAUGAUCGAUAUCGUUGAAGUCCUGAGAAUUCUCUCGCAGGUGUUCUCACCCUCUGUUAUGGAGACGCUGCACUGGGAGUUGGACAACAUGAAGGAGGUCAACGGGUUGGACGAGAACAUGUCCAUUCUGGAGUUCAUGGAGACCGAAGUUGUUUUCGCUGAGUUCAUGCGACUUCUUUUUCUCAUGGCCGAGCUCACUACGCGGCGGGACUACAAGUUCUGCCGGAGCGUGUCGUUGACCACUCGGCUUGAUGUUUUCCUGAAGAACGUCAUCUCCUUCUGCCAAAGAGGCGGCAAGUACUUGCCACCCGAAACCUCGGCGCCAACCACCGGUGAAAGCCGGAAGAACAGCUCUCGCCCGGAUGCGCGGGCGGAAGACCCACAGCCCGAUGCCGCCCAAGGACCUGGCGGUCCUGGGAGCUCGGAGCGCAAGGAAGAGGAGGCCGGACAAUGGCUGGGCUUUGAUGUUGAGGGCGACAGCUAUGCCCCGCGGAGGUGGCCGGAUGGCUACGAGGAUGAGGUUGAAGACUGGUGA